UUCCUAAUAUCUAGAAUGCCCCGCGGCAGGCAGGGGUCACGCUCCGAUUUUCAUAUGCAAAUACAUGCAAAGCAGGGGCGGCGCGUCAGAGGGGAGGCCCGGAGCUCCGCCUCCUCUCCCCGAGGCUCCUCCUCUUCCUGCUUCCGUCUUUCCAUGGCGGCCUCCUCGCUGCGUCCCCCGCUGGUGGUGGUCCUGGGGGCCACGGGGACCGGCAAGAGCCGCCUCGCCCUCCAGCUGGCCCUCCGCCUCGGCGGGGAGCUUCUCAGCGCAGACUCCAUGCAGGUGUAUAAGGGUUUGGACAUUAUCACCAACAAAGCCUCUCCUCAGGAGCAACAGCUUUGCAGGCACCACAUGCUCAGCUUUGUGGACCCCUUGGUCUCCAACUACACCAUCGUGGACUUCAGGAACAAGGCCGCCACCAUCAUUGAAGAUAUCUUUGCUGCCCGGAAGAUCCCGAUUGUGGUUGGCGGGACCAAUUAUUACAUCGAGUCUUUGCUCUGGAAGGUCCUCAUCGACACAGAGGAGAAGAGCCCUGGAUCUGCGGUGGACCGGAAAACAGAGCUGGAGAAACUGAGCGGCCAGGAACUCCAUCAGCGCCUGAGCCAUGUGGACCCUGAAAUGGCCUCAAAGCUGCACCCACACGAUAAACGCAAAGUGGCCAGGAGCUUGCAAAUCUUUGAGGAAACCGGCAUCCCGCACAGCGAGCUCCUGCGGCAGCAACAUGAAGAGGAGGGUGGGGGGCCCUUGGGAGGGCCCUUAAAGUACCCCAACCCUUGCAUCUUCUGGCUUCAUGCAGAACAGGCAGUCCUGGAGGAGCGCCUGGAGCAACGCGUAGAGGCCAUGCUCCAAGCUGGGCUCCUGGAGGAGCUGCGCAGCUUUCACUGGCGGCACAACCAGCAGAAGGUGGCGGAGAAUCGCCAGGACUACCAACAUGGUAUUUUCCAGUCCAUUGGCUUCAAGGAAUUUCACCAGUUCCUCCUCACGGAGGGCCAAUGUCCGGAGGAGGAGAGUCAGCAGCUCCUGGAGAAAGGCAUCGAGGCCCUGAAGAUCGUGACCAAGCGCUACGCCCGGAGGCAGAACAAGUGGGUCCGGAACCGCUUCCUCCGGCGCCCCGGACCCAACGUUCCCCCUGUUUAUGGCCUGGACGUCUCAGAUCUCUCCAAAUGGGAGGAGAAAGUCUUGGAGCCCGCCGUCGGAAUCGUGGAGAGCUUCCUGCAGGGCCGAACACCAGCUGCGGAGCCCAUCAAAGUGCCCCGCGACCCUUUGGAGGAGGACAAGCGGAGCUGCCAUCCCUGCGAGGCCUGCCAGAGAGUCAUCAUUGGCGACCGAGAAUGGAAAGCUCACCUCAAAUCCAAGUCCCACCACUUCCACUUGAAGAAACUGAGGCAGCAAAGCUCAGCUUCCCCUAAGACCUCUCUGGACAAUGGCACAAAGUGGACAGAGGAGGAGGAGGAGGCUGGGAUCGGGACCCCGGAACUGGCCUAACACUGACCGCACAGCAUCUCUUGACCCUGGGACUCAUGGCCCCAUCCACCCAAAGGACACAGCCUUGGUACUACAGUGCCAAUCUUAAAACUUUCUACUUGUUUGAGAGGUGAAGAUUAUAUAUUUUUGUAUUGCAGAGGCUGGUUGCUUCCUCACUCAAAUAUAAUAAUAAUGAUGAUGAUGAUGAUGAUGAUGAUGAUGAUGAUGAUAAUAAUAAUAAUUUUAUUUCUUACCUCUUGUGGCUUGAAGCAGGUUACAGCACGGUCAAAACACACAAACAUUACAAAAAUUCUAUAAACACAUAUUAAAAUCUAGUUCUAUAAAAGAUACAUAUUAAAACACAUUGCUAUAAAAUACGUAUUGUAAGGACAGAGAUUAAAAACCAGGAAAAGAGUUUAAAGUUCAUGCUGAAAACUGGCUGGGUAGGCCUUUUGCUGGAAGAGAUGGUUUUUAAAAUCUGACAGCUCAUUUAGGUUUGAAUUGCAUUGUAUUGGUUUUAUUGUGAGCAGCUUUGAGUCUCUUUUUUGGAGAGACAGAGAAAAAAAAGGAAUAAUAAUAAUAAUAAUAAUAAUAAUAAUAAUAAUAAUAAUAAUAAUAAUAAUAAUAAUGCAUAUCUAUUUAUGUCUUCUUGUAAAUUUGGUUUCAUAAGUUAUUGUUAUAUGUAUGGUUGACUUGUAUUGUUUUUAAAAUGUAUGCUGCUUUGGGUCCUGCUUAGGGAGAAAAGUGGGAUACAAAUAAAGCAUUAUUAUUAUUAUUAUUAUUAUUAUUAUUAUUAUUAUUAUUAUUAUUGUAUGACACAGCAAACAAGAUAGAUAUGCUGGAUUUUGUUGUUAUUAUUAUUAUUAUUAUUAUUAUUAUUAUUAUUAUUAUUAUUCUGAUACCAAAACACAGUAUGACACAGCAAACAAGAUAUAUAUGCUGGAUUUCGUUUGUUCUGUCUUUGUGUCAGAAUAAUAAUGAUAAUAAUAAUAAUAACAAUAAUAAUGCUUUAUUUGUAUCCUGCUUUUUUCCCUAAACAGGACCCAGAGCAGCUCACAUUUUAAAAACAAUACAAGUCAACCAUACAUAUAACUAACCUAUGAAACCAAAUUUACAAUAAGGCAUAAACAGAUAUGCAUUAUUAUUAUUAUUUGUAUGACACAGCAAACAAGAUAGACAUGCUGGAUUUCGUAUCAUAAAAUCACAAGUUGAAUACUUCCCAAGUGUUAUUAUAAUAAUAAUCUAUUAUUUUAUUAUGACACAGCAAACGAGAUAGAUAUGCUGGAUUUCGUAUCACAGAAUCACAAGUCGAACACUUCCCAAGUGUCUAGGACUGUGCGAUGUAUUUUCGGAUGAUGCGUGCAGAUACCAGUAGGGUGGCCUUUUGCAGUUGGCAGAUCGUAAUUUCGUCAGUGUCUAUUGUUUCCAAAUGCCGGCUGAGAUCUUUUGGCACGGCAUCCAGUGUGCCGAUCACCACUGGGACCACCUGCACUGGUUUCUGCCAGAGUCUCUGAAGUUUAAUCUUGAUGUCCUGAUAGCGGCUGAGUUUUUCCUGUUGUUUUUCGUCAAUGCGACUGUCAUCUGGGAUGGCGACAUCAAUGAUCCAAACCUUUUUCUUUUCCACACUGUGAUGUAUUAUUAUUAUUAUUAUUAUUAUUAUUAUUAUUAUUAUUAUUAUUAUUAUUAUUUGAAACACAACAAGAUGAGUCCACAGCAGACACUCUGCCAGCUGUUGUAUUGGAUCACACGUUGGACACUUCCCAAGUGUCUCGGGCUGUGUGAUGUAUCGGCGAAUAAUGCGUGCAGAUCCCAGUAAGGUGGCCUUCUGCAGUUGGUAGAUGGUAAUUUUGUCAGCACCGAUUGUGUUCAAGUGCAGGCCAAGGUCUUUAGGCACUGCACCCAGUGUGCCAGUCACCACUGGGACCACCUUGACUGGCUUGUGCCACAGUCUUUGCAAUUGGAUCUUUAAAUCCUCAUAUUGUGCCAGCUUUUCUAGUUGUUUCUCUUCAAUCCUGCUGUCACCUGGGAUUGCAACAUCGACAAUUCAUACUUUGUUUUUUAACGCGAUCGUGAGGACAGGAGUAUUGUGCUCCAACACUCCGUCUGUCUGAAUUCGGAAGUCCCAGAAUAAUUAUAUUAUUAUUAUUAUUUCA